CCACCCCACUCGCGCCACUUUUCCUCAUAAACCUAGCAGCCGCGCCCCUUUGACACUACAGUUACCAGCAGAGUAGGACGACCGCCGGAGAAUCCAAACUGCCUCCAGUAGCCGCCGAGAGUGAGGACACGCUAGUCCUUGCUUUGGUGUUUAUUUUGCAGUUGAAGCAGCAAAUUAGGUAUGAUAAAGAGAAGAUUCUACAGGCUUGAUUACGGAGAUAACAGCGAUGGCUCAGAUUCAUCACGGGCAUCUUCUUCUGACUCUGAAGUCGAAGUAGAGGAAGCUAGUGAAGGAUCAGAAGGGGAGGUGAAUGAGAAUGCUGAGCCUCGUUCCACCUCAUCUGCAGGAUAUGAAAGUGAGGAUAGCUCGGGAAAUGAGAUUGGUGUUGACGCAUCAGAUGAAGAUGAUAAUGAAAGCGGAAAGGAAAGAAAAAUUCUUGUCCAUUGUCAGUUAUCUGGCAAACAUGAACCUGAAAUGCCAAAGAAAUUGUCCAAAAUCACACAUGAGAAGGUAUCAGUACCAGAAGACAUGCCAGACUGCAUAAUGAAAAGCAAAUCAGUUUUUAAGUGCAGGCUUUGCCCUCGUAUCGUCUGCUUGACUGAGGAGACUAUGAGGGCUCAUCUUAAUUCCAAGAGACAUGGUCGAUCUGAGAAAUUACUGAAGGAAGGUCGGUUGACGACUAUGCUCAACAGUGAUGGGGAAAUUGAGAACCAGGAGACUCCCAUGGAAAUGAAUGCUCGAAUUAUAGCUCUGGCAGAGAAAAAUCCAAAAAAGAAAAGCAAAGGAAGGCAGCGACAGAGGAAGAGAUCAAGGAGGAUGGUAGGAGUUGAUUCAAACGUGGAGACUGCAAAGCAAUCAACAAAAAUUUCCCCCUUAAAAAGAAAAAGAGGCAAGAAAUGAAGUGUCUUGUUUUCUUCUCUGACUGAAUGGCAAAUCAAUAGAGACAGUUAGAAAAGAAGGACCACUAAUUUCUGCAAGGUUGCUGGCUAACAUGUGGUACCUAUUUAUUUUGUAAUUUUGAUUUCAUAAGUGCUAAAGUUAUUGUGAAUUUGUUUUAAUUCUGAAUUUUUUUCGUCCUUCUGUGUAUAAGAUUGUGACUGUAUUAUGCCCACCACCUUGAAAUUUUGGUUUAGUUACUCUAUAAUUUCAGACAAAUCGACAUUUGGAUGCUC